CUUCACAAGUACACAGCUGCGUUGCAAAAACAAGCAGCAACUUCAGAAGGCAAGACCGAGUCAGAGACCGAGUACCAAGUUGUGCAGCAAAGUGAGCGCAAAUCCGCUCACAUCAACAAGGCACAAGCUACAAAUAACGGAUGCACAAACUACUGUAAGACUCCACGUCGGCGGCUUGGCGCGACUGCCCACAAAAUGUCAGUAGUCGGCGCCUUCGUUGGAGGCAGCUCGUCCGUCGGCGCCGCGUCAUCCGGCGCGACAGGAUCACAUGUGACAUCUGGAAGAAACACUUACCUGCCGUGCGGCAAACGUUCCUUGCGACAAUCCCCUGGGCCGCAACAACCGUCUUCGCGUGGUAGCGUGGUCGCGCUCGCUCGGCGGAAGUGGUAUGCAGUUGCGCUGCCCGAGGAGCAUAGAGGCGUGUACCGCGAAUGGGAUGAGGUGCGAAGUCGUGUUUCCGGCUCCAGCAACCACGUCCACCGUGGCUUCCCGACUGAAGCGGCGGCCAUGUGCUGGCUGCUGGAGCAGGUGGACGCGCAGGAGCAGCAGGACCAUGCGCUGCAGCCGCUGCGGGAGGAGGUGCAGGCUGCCGCCGCCGCAGCAGCAGCCAGCGUGGCUUCAGGGACGGAGUUUUCUCUGGACGCGACCGGCGCUGUCGCCACUCGUGCGAUAAGCGCAAGGAAGACCGCAUCCCGAGCCACCAGGGAGCUUGGGGCUGGUGGCCCCUCCGCGGCUGAUGCCCCCAGUACCAGCGGCCGUGCCAGCAGCUGCCAGGGGGGCCGCCAGGCGCUCAGGCCAGGGGGCCGCUCCGCGCCGCGGCCCUGGGAGACUGCCGCUGUGACUGUGCUGCCUGACGUAGUGACGGAGCCCAGCCGCCAGUACUUCCGCAAGUGGUACGCGGUGCGGUUCGUGGACGGAGGCCAGCCCGCAGUCUACAACAACUGGCCGGACGCCGAGGCGGCGGUGAAGGGCUCGCCCUACGCGGAGCACCGCAGCUUCCAGGACUACGCAGAGGCUGUGGCGUACGCAUUCGGUCCCGAGCACAUGCACAGAGUGCCAAUGCCGGAGGUGGCGGAGCCGGAGGAGGAGCCUGCGCCGCUGCAGGUGCAGGUGCAGCCGCCGCCGCAGCAGCAGGGCUGGCCCGCCCUGGCCUCCUCGUCCUCGCGCGCCCUGGGCCACAUGGCUACGGCGUUGGCAACCGCGGCAGGGGCGGGCGCACCUGCAGCGGCACAUGCGAGCGCUCGGCAGGUGGUCGGGGCGCUGGAGGACGUGUUCUGCAUGCCCCCGCCCACCCCCGAGAUGUUCUCAGUGGCACUGGCCUCGGGCGGUGUCACCCGCCAGGGCGGCGGCAGUGGAGGCGGCAACAGCGGCGGCUCACCCCGGCCGCUGCCUGUCUCGCCCCACCUUGAUGCCCCACUGCCGCACUCUGCCGCGGCUGCAGCAGCAGCCCCCGCGCCUCAGCGCCUCUCCACUGCCUCACCCCACCCUCGGGUCCAGCCGACAGCUCAGCGGGUGCUGGCCUCUGGCGACGUGACCAACUCCUCCUCCUUCACCUCCUUCACCUCCUCCUCCUCCUCGUCGCCCGCCUUCAUGGACCCGCUGUGGCCCCAGCGGCCCCAGCAGCAGCAGCAGCAGCAGCGUGUGGGGGCGGAGGCAGGGGCCCGGACCGCCGCCGAGCAGGGCCCUUCGGCUGAGGCGGCCGGUGGGCCAGGGCCUCAGUGGCUGGUAGGGCGUGUUGAGGAGCCGGCGGAUCCGGGUGUGAUGGGGCGGGGAGCGGCGGCGCACGAGCUGCCGCCAGCGCCCGCAGUGUCCACAGCGGAGGCAGCGGGGACAGCGGCGCCCGAGGUACGCCGCGGCCGGGGGCGGCCCCGCAAGACGGUGAUGCUGUUGGGCGCCGGCGACGCCGGCCCGGCCUCAGCUCCCGCUUCGGAGGAGCCAGGGGCGGCGCCGCGCCGGGGCCGGGGGCGGCCGCGCAAGACCACCGAGCCGCCCACAGCAGCGGUACCUGAGACCGCAGCGGGGCCGGGGCGCGUGGUGGCCUGCCAGGCCGGGGCCUCACAGGUGCCGCAGGUGUCCCCGGCGCCUGCUGCUGCUGAGCUGUCCGAGCAGGCGGUGCUGCUGGGCCGCAUGCGGGUGGCGGGUGUGGCCACACGGCUGGCGGCGGAGUGGGUGCCGUGCAUGUCGCCGGGCGGCCUGAGGCAGCUGGUGCAGGAUGCUGAGGCCGAGCGACUGAGGCUGCUCGCGCGUGCUGCCGGCGGCGGUGGCGUCGGUGGCCCCGUGCACCCCGCCAGGCCUGCCAGUGGCUGCACCAGUCCGCAUGCGCUUGCUAAUGCGGCUGCCGCUGCCCGGCGCGCCGCCUGCAUUGGCGCCCACUCGGCGGCGCUGCUGCAGCAGUUGUACGACCGCACCGGCACCGCCAGUGUCAGCGCCAGCAGCAGCAGCAGUAGCAACAGUACUAGCGGGUCAGAGGUUGUCUCGGCGGAGCUGGUGCAGCUGCGUGUGGAAGUGUUGGAGACGCUGCUGGAGGUGCUGCGGAACAACCUGCCCGCGACACCACCCCCAGCGGCACCGGCACCGCCCGCAGCGGUGGCAACAGCACUGCCGCUGGCGGCUGUCUCGCCGCAGUCGCCGCGGGGCUACAGCGUGACAGCGGCAGCGAUGCCCGACACAUCUUCAAGUUCGGUAGCCGCGCCUACCGCCGCCUCCGUCAGGUGUGCGGCGCAGGUGGAGGCGGCGCCGCGGAGCAGGGCGGCGCGCAUCCUGGAGCGGGCCCGCUGUGCGGCAGCGCGCUCCCGGUCCGCGCGUGUGGCUGUAGCGUCUCCCGCGGAGGCAGGCCGAGCUGCAGAUGCGGAGGGGGCCAGUGCCGGCGAGGACGUGAAGGCGGUUGAGGCGGUUGCGCCCGCCGCCACGGCUGUCAGCGCACAGCAGCCGGGCUCGGGCCGCCCCUUGCGCACCAGCCCUGCUGCUGCAAAGGCCUCGAGGGCGCGGCCCGCUCCGCUGUCUGCGGCCGCCGGCGCCGCUCUGCCCAUGCCUACGUCCACAACCGGUAGCAAGCCAGCCGCGCUGUGGGGCUUUGCCGCCCUCACGCCGCGGCGGCGCCACCCGCGGUCUUGACUUGGCUCGGGCGGGUCGGCUGCGCCACCGCAGUAGACCGUAGCGCGUCCGUGUCGCGGCGGCGUGGCAGCUGUGGCCCAUUCCUUAAACAGUCAU